GCUUAUUUAUACUCGCUUUGCGCACGCGAGGGAGGAGGGUUAUGGCGAUUGGAUGGCGCUGCGCCGUCGCGCUCGCGCUGCUACUGGCGCUGGAGGGUUUGGGGCGAUUUCCAGCGGCUUUGGCAGAGAUUGAGAGUGUAAAUGAUCGUCUAGAGACGAGAUUGGCUAAGCAUGCGAAAAAUCACUGCGCAAUGUAUGAUGUUUGUGGACAACGAGAGGAUGGAAAGGCGUUGAACUGUCCGAUUUCGGUGCCUGCGGUCACGCCGAGUUCUUCGUUCUCUCACAAAGUCCAGAGCCUUUGCCCGACUAUUACUGGAGAUGUCUGUUGUACUGAGCAGCAGUUUGAUAUUCUCCGGAGCCAAGUUCAGCAGGCUGUUCCUUUUUUGACUGGAUGCCCUGCGUGCUUGAGGAACUUUCUUAAUCUUUUUUGUGAGCUCUCUUGCUCUCCCGACCAGAGCCUGUUUAUUAACGUGACUUCUACGGUCCAGGUUCGUUUCGUUUCUAUUUGUCUUUUGCCAACGAACAGUUUGCAGCAAAACUCUACCACGUCUACUGUAGACGGCAUUGAGUUUUUCCUUUCCGAGGAGUUUGGAGUAAAUCUCUUUAACUCCUGCAAAGAUGUUCAAUUUGGAGCUCUUAAUACUCGAGCAAUGGACUUUGUGGGUGGCGGAGCGAAAACAUACAAAGAGUGGCUUGCAUUUAUUGGCCGGCAGGCUGAUUUAUAUGAACCUGGAUCACCUUAUUACAUCAAGUUCCACACGUCAGCUAACGAGUCCUCGCCAAUGUCACUCCUCAACACGAAAAUGUUUCCAUGCUGGGAUGCGUCACUCUCUUGUUCGUGUGGCGACUGCCCGGGGGCCAAGGAAUGUACAGAAUCCUCUUUACCACCAUCUCCUCAGAAGAACGCUUGUAGUGUCGAAAUUGGCGGGACAAAGAUUCUAUGUAUAGACCUGGGGCUUGGAAUCUUAUACCUUCUGUUAUUAGUGGGAAUUGUGGCUUGGCUAUGGGUUACUACUCGUCGUUACGAAGAACCUUCUGACGCAGAGAUUAGAGAGGAACUUUUGCAAUCAGAAGAGACGAAUGGGGUGGAAAUUACCCCGGUUGAGGGACUGGAAAAGGACGAAACAUCCACACCUGAAUCUCAUGAACCUGUUCUGGAAAAGUUUUUGUCGAGAUGGUUCAGGUCGCAGGGAACGUGGAUCGCUAGACACCCUGGUGUGGUUCUGCUUCUGUCGAUACUCGUGACCAUAAUUCUGUGCAUUGGGCUUGUCAAAAUGAAUGUUGAAACGAACCCUGAAAACCUCUGGGUUAGUCCCGGGAGCGCAGCAGCGACAGAAAAAAAGUUUUUUGAUACGGAGCUUACUCCUUUCUAUAGAAUUGAACAGCUGAUCUUGGCAACCCUUCCGGAUGAAAACGGAGUGUCUCCUCCUAUUUUGACAGAUGACAACCUUAAGCUUAUGUUUGAAAUCCAAAAUAAGGUUGACGAUUUGAGAGGAAACCUUUCUGGAAGAACGGUUUCUCUCCAAGAUAUUUGCAUGAAACCUUUCGGAACAGUUUGUGCUACGCAAAGUGUUCUGCAGUAUUAUAAGAUGGACCGCCAAAAAUUUGACGACGAUGAGGGAGCGAGCCAUGCGGCAUUUUGCUUUGAUCAUUACUCGUCCUCGGAAAAUUGUCUCAGUGCAUACCAGUCGCCUGUGGAUCCUAGUACAGCCGUUGGUGGUUUCGAAGGCACAAAUUAUACUCAGGCUACUGCGUUUGUUGUAACAUAUCCCGUCAACAAUGCUGUGAGCAGCACCGAAGGUGCAAAUGAUGCUGCUAUUGCCUGGGAGAAGGCUUUUGUGCGUUUGGCAAAGAAAGAGCUUCAGCAAUUGGCAAGUUCACACAACUUGACUCUCGCAUUUUCGUCUGAGAGCUCUGUACAGUCCGAGCUAGAGAGAGAAAGUUAUGCGGAUGUUGUAACGAUUCUUGUGAGCUAUCUGGUUAUGUUCUUGUAUAUAUCCUUCACUUUGGGAGAUUCAUUACCAGAAGUUGCUCCGUUUUAUGUCACGUCCAAGGUUGGUUUCGCGAAACUUCGACUCCAAAUUAACAUUGAGUUGCAGGUGUUUCUUGGUUUAGGAGGGGUUAUCAUUGUUGCACUCUCAGUUCUAGGAUCUGUUGGUUUUUUCAGUGCUGUUGGUGUUAAAUCCACGCUUAUCAUUGCUGAAGUCAUUCCAUUUCUUGUCCUUGCGGUGGGAGUCGACAACAUGUGUAUUCUAGUGCAUGCGCUUAAACGCCAGGAACCUGAACUUCCUCUCGACCUUCGAGUUGGAAAUGCUCUUGCCGAAGUAGGUCCAUCUAUCACACUCGCAAGCCUUGCAGAGUUCUUAGCUUUCGCUAUUGGAUCGUUCACGCCCAUGCCUGCCUGCCGUGUGUUUUCUAUGUUCGCGGCUUUUGCGAUACUCUUAGAUUUUCUACUUCAGAUUACGGCUUUUGUUUCUCUUCUUACUUACGACUUUACGAGAACUGAAGCGAACCGCGUAGAUUGUUUGCCUUGUAUCAAAGCCCGACAGCGUGACUACAAUGCAGGAUACCCGAACCGUGAAGGACUCAGAGGGGAAGGAGGAGCUGGUCUAGUUUCUGUUUAUAUGCAGAAAGUGCACGCACCGCUCCUUCUCAAGCCUGCUGUGAAGGCCGUUGUCCUGGCAGCUUUUUCUGCUCUACUUCUAGUGAGCAUCGCACUUGCUGUAAGGCUUCCGGCUGGUCUGAACCAACAAAUUGUCCUUCCUCGGGAUUCUUACUUACAGGGUUAUUUCAAUAACGUGACAAGUCAUUUAAGAAUAGGACCUCCUCUCUAUUUUGUGGUUCAAGACUAUAACUACAGCGCACGAAGUAAUCAGACCAACAAAUUGUGCUCUAUCAGUCACUGCCAUCCAGACUCACUGCUUAACGAGGUCUCGAGGGCCGCCCUUACGCCUCAGACAAGCUUCAUAGCUAGACCGGCGGCUUCAUGGCUAGAUGAUUUUCUCGUUUGGCUGUCUCCGGAUGCCUUUGGAUGUUGUCGUACUUUCCCUGACGGCAGUUACUGCCCUCCUGAUGAUCAGCCCCCUUGUUGUCCCGAAUGGGAGGACUACUGCGGUUUGAGUGAGACUUGCAAGGACUGCACUACGUGCUUCCUCCAGUCUGAUUUGAUCGACGGGCGUCCUACCACUGAGCAGUUUAGAAAGAAACUACCAUGGUUCUUGGACGCGUUGCCGUCUGCCGAUUGUUCGAAAGGAGGUCGAGGCGCAUACUCCAACAGCCUCAACUUGAGUGGUUACAAGAAUGGAACUAUUAGAGCAUUUGAGUUCCGCACCUAUCAUACAGCUCUCAACAAACAAACUGACUAUAUUGAUGCGUUGAGAGCUGUGAAGGACUUCACCGCUCGCGUGUCCAAGUCACUAAACAUAUCAGUUUUUCCAUAUUCAGUUUUCUAUAUUUUCUUCGAGCAGUACUUAGACAUAUGGAAGAACACACUGAUCAGCCUCGUGCUCGCAGUUGCUGCCGUAUUCCUCGUCUGUCUAGUUGUGACCACCAGCCUAGCUACGGCAGGAAUCAUCCUUCUCGUCAUUUUAAUGAUAGUCAUCAACUUACUCGGGCUCAUGUCAAUCUGGACCAUUCAGCUGAAUGCUGUUUCGGUCGUCAAUCUCAUCAUGUCCGUGGGGAUUGCCGUGGAGUUCUGCGUUCACAUCACGCACGCAUUCUCGGUUAGCACAGGCGAUCGAUCAAUGCGAGCAACAAAAGCUCUGACAACAAUGGGAGCCUCCGUGUUCAGUGGGAUCACCUUAACCAAACUCGUCGGAGUCGUGGUUCUCGUCUUUGCUCGCUCGGAGAUCUUUGUGGUCUACUACUUUCGAAUGUAUUUCGGCUUGGUGGUUUUGGGAUUUCUCCACGGCCUCGUCUUUCUUCCAGUUCUCUUAAGCAUUUGCGGUCCGCAAUCAGUAAGCGUUAUGGAUUGAUCAAAGCAAAGAAAACGAGCUUUUGUACAUUUGAUAGAAUUCACUAAGUUAGAAUAAACGAGUGAAAAAGUCCGUUA